ACCCAAGGAAACUUGUGCUGCCAUUGAUAGUUUGAACCGCAAAUUCUUAUGGGGCUUAGAACUAAAUCAACGUAAAUCUCAUCUAGUCAGCUGCAAUGAAGUUUGCUUACCUCACAGACAAGGUGGGCUAGGAUUACGUACUGCACUUGAAAAUAAGAGAGUUUUGGUAGCUAAUGUUGGAGCUGUGGUGUUCAAGCUGCAAAAGUAGCAGAAAAUGAAAAUGAGAGCUGCACAAAAUGGCAGCAAAUGAAGAUGAAAGGCUGCACAAAAUGGCAGCAAAUGAAGAAGGAAGGCUGCACAAAAUGGUAACAAAUGAAGAAGGGAGAGCUGCACAGCUCAGUAGCAGCAAAGUGCAGCAAGCUAAGCUGCAGAAUGUUGAUGAAAGGAGGCUGAAAUGAACAGCAGAUGAAAUGCAAAUGAAAUGCAAAUGCAUCUAAAAUGAAAGGUUGCAGAGCUGCCAAGGGACCAAGCAUGUUGCAGGGCCGCCAAAGGACGCAGCAAUGUGACAGAAAUGGCUGUUACAUAUUUCAAAUUUCAUAUGUAUUUUAUUGUUGUUUUUUAAUGUAAAAUAACUGUUUUAUUUUUGA